UACGGGAAAGGAGAGCAGUUAACAGCUGGACAUCAGUCAGCAUGCUGGGCUUUCUGAUACUGAUGUGGAUAUGCAUCUUCCUCCUGUUCCUCUUCAUCCAAAUCCCGAGGCCUAAGAACUUUCCUCCUGGACCUCGUCCUCUGCCAUUAUUUGGGAAUCUGCUGGAGCUCAACAUCAACAAUCCUUUGAAAGACUUUGAGAGGCUCGCAGAUCACUAUGGGAAAGUUUACAGCUUGUAUCUGGGAUCAAAACCUUGGGUGGUUCUUAAUGGUUUUGCGGUUUUGAAGGAAGCUCUUGUUACUAAGGCUGUGGACUUUGCAGGACGCCCGCAGGAUCUCAUGGUCAACCAACUUACAAAAGGAAGCGGUGUAAUUUUGUCCGACUAUGGCCCCAGUUGGAAAGAACACAGACGCUUUGCUCUGAUGACCCUGAGGAACUUUGGCCUGGGGAAGCAGUCAAUGGAGGAGAGAAUUCUGGGAGAGGUUUCUCACGUUAUUGCCAAAUUGGAAAAAAGAGUUGGAAGCUCCUUUGACCCUAAGACUAUGUUCCACAAUGCUGCAUCAAAUAUCAUCUGCAUUGUUCUGUUUGGAUCCCGCUAUGAUUAUGACGAUGAAUUCCUCAAGCUUUUCAUUCACCUCUAUACAGAGAAUGCAAAGAUUGCCAAUGGACCAUGGGCCAUGAUAUACGAUACAUUUCCUAUGCUGAGAAGUCUGCCUCUGCCUUUUAAAAAGGCCUUCAGAAAUGCCAGCAAGGCCAGAGAAAUGUCUGCAAAACUGGUCAACGAGCACAAAAAGACAAGAGUCCCAGGGGAACCCAGAGACUUCAUUGACUGUUAUUUGGAUGAGCUUGAUAAGAGAGGGGACGAUGGUUCCUCAUUUUCAGAAGCUCAGCUUAUCCUGUACGUUCUGGAUUUGCACUUUGCCGGGACUGAUACCACAUCCAACACCCUUCUCACUGCAUUUCUGUAUCUCAUGACCCACCCAGAGAUUCAAGAGAAAUGUCAAACAGAGAUCGAUGAGGUUCUGGAAGGUAAAGAUCAUGCAUCGUAUGAAGACAGACACGAUAUGCCGUACACACUGGCUGUGAUUCAUGAAGUUCAGCGUGUUGCUAACACUGUACCACUAAGUGUGUUUCACUGCACCACCAAAGACACGGAGCUGAUGGGCUACAACAUCCCCAAGGGAACUUUUGUUAUUCCUAACCUCACUUCUGUACUAAAAGAAGAAGGCCAGUGGAAGUUUCCUCAUGAAUUUAACCCAAACAACUUCCUGAAUGAGCAGGGCCAGUUUGAGAAGCCUGAAGCCUUUAUGCCUUUUUCUGCAGGUCCUCGUGUGUGUCUCGGUGAGGGUCUUGCACGUAUGGAGCUCUUCCUGAUCAUGGUGACUCUUCUGCGCCGUUUCCAGUUUGUGUGGCCCGAUGAUGCAGGGGAACCGGAUUACACCCCAGUAUUUGGGGUCACCCUCACCCCCAAACCCUACAGAAUGCACAUCAGACACAGAGAGACAGUUAAACAAGAGCUCUCAUCUUUCCCGACCUCUCCUCUGUGCUGCUGGAGAAUCCCAAGUGAAAGUUUCCUCAUGAGUUUAACCCAGCCACCUUCCUGAAUGAGCAGGCCUGGCCCGAGAAGCCAUUCUCUGUCGGUGUACUGAAGUAAAGAGGGUACAGUAGCAGAAUACGACAUGCUUGCCAAAGAGGACAUAGAAGAGGGUCACACCUUGUUCUCCAUACCCAGAGAGUUUCUUCUGCAUCAGGCCAUCACUAAAGUCAUAAAGGUUCUUGAGGAAGGGAAGAAGUCUUUGGAGAGCGCAUCAGGCUGUGUUCCUCUUCUUCUGGGUCUCCUAUAGGAGUACACGUCCACAAUUUGUCUCUCUGGCCAGACUUUAAGACACUGGAUUAACCCAUGUUCUGAUAGGCCAUGCUGUGAAUAUUUGCUGACCUUUAAGAUACUCUUCAAGAGUCCUUUAGUUCUUUAUGGUCACAGAUUGUUUUUGUGAGUGCGAUAAACUCCUGAAAGGCACAGGAAUUCCAGAGGCUGUCAAAAUGGAUCUGAAAAAACUUCCUGUAACAUAGUCCUCCCUUUUCUUGAAGUCCCAUCUUGACCUGUGGGACCCUGAGAAGCACACGUUGGAGCUCUAAGAGCCUGGUAGCAUUUGUAACGGCCUAUAGGAUAAAACCUUUGAAUGCUUAAUGUUUGAAAUAGUCAAGAGUGACCAUAAAUGUAUCAAAUAAUUGGUUUCAGAUGCAAAUGAAAUGACAAGCAGGCGAAGUUGCAGUUCAAGUGUUUAAUGCGGUAACUACAGAAAGCAUACAUACAGGAAAUAAGUAGCGGAACUAAAGGCAACUACAAAGUACUACAAAAUACAACACGUGGACCAAUACAUUUACAAAACAUUCGAAAUCCUUACAAAAUGAGCUGUAUUGGUCCUUUUUGUUCUGCAAGUUGAAUCUUUGUACAAACUCCUAAGAUUCAAUUUACCAACAAAUUUCUGAAUAUUUCCACAAUUGUACAAGUGCCAGGGAGAACCUCCAACCCAAGAUGUGUUUCCUCACAGGUGCAAACUAGUGCCCCCCACCCACUGCAGUCCAGGACAUCUGUCCGAUCCUAUCAGCUCACCACACUGAUAGCUCUCCCCUUAAAACCAUAAAAAAAAUUCAAAUAAAACAAGACAGCUUCCUUAGCCACUACCAAGCUUCCAAACAAAAGUCAAUUCAUCUUGAAGGCAAAAAUAAUUUAUGGAGAGUUAGGGGAAGCCAAACAGCAAGGAGUGAAAUGUGUUCAAGCGUGUGCCUCACUUUUGACCCAAAAACCAAAAACUCAAAAUCCGCUCUUAAAAUGUCCCUUUUUAAUAUUUACAUUGAACAUUUUAUCUUGUUGAGGGAGAAAAAAGAAAACCAAAAAGAAACUCCUCAGGUCAGAUGCCGCGCGGUGGAAGGUGAGCGGGAGUCCAGUGCCAGCUGUGUCGAUCAGACGUGCAGCAGGGUUUUGGUGGGGCAAAUGAAGGGUUGGGGUGAGGGAGAG